AUGAAAGCACUACUCCAAAAGAGCUCCAAGUACAACAGUUGGGCAAGAAAAAACGCAAUGAGAUGCGCGCUCAUCAUUCUCCUAUUCUCGUUUCUUUUCUACACGGGGAUCGAUGGAGAAAUGGAGAAUAAGGAUUUGAAGAGCACCUCGCAUGAACGAUCAAAACAAGAAAAGAUAAUCAAAGCCGUCAGUGGAAGUGUCGAAAUCGAGGAGAAAUCCGACGAAAAAACGACAACAGAAACGGCAACAACAACCGAAAAUCCAGAAGAAAAUGAGGACUUUCUUGAUAUGAGAAAACUCGUUAAAGGAUCAAUCAACGCUUUGGCUCAACUACCGACUGGGCAGAAAGUGAACAAAACCGAGAAUUUCUACAAUUUGCUUCAAAUCCCAGCAGCGAUUCUUGGUGACAUUGCCGGUGGGAGAGUGCUUGAGACGACAACAGCUCAAUCACAUCAAGUUGCCGACGAUGCAUCGCCUUUCCGACAAAUGACUUCAUGGGAAGAAGAAGAAAAAGCUCGACUAGAAGAAGAGAAAAAGAGAGAAGCGAUAAGAAUGAGAUUAGAAGUUGAGAAAAGAUUGAUUGAUGAAGCGAGGAUAAGAGCUGAGGCACAACGACGUCUAGCACAACAAGAAGGGGCGAGGAUUGCCGCUGCACUCGCGCAAGCUUUACCCAAACCAUCAACCACUCCCUUGCCGAUUCAGAUCCCCCAACAAAUCCCUCAAGAAUCUCCACUUGUCGUUGGACGGCCUGUUGUAAAAUCAGUCGAGAGAACACCACGCAUCGAGACGACGCAAAUGUUCAAUCUACCAUCGCUCAACUUGAAUAAUCUCUUUGGAACACCGAUGCCUACAAGUCCCCCGAUUCUUUCGCCGUUAGCCCAAGGAAUGCCCACUCCUCAUUACGCCUAUCAGCCAAUUGUGCAACCCGAUGGAACCACCUACUAUCAACAAGUGCUCAUCGUCCCAAGCAGUAUUCCCUUCCCCGCUCCCAAUCAAGCUGCUCACAAUCAAACGGCUUCAUCGAGAUCUGAUUCGAGUUUUCAAAAAGUGAACCUUCAACCAGUCACCACAACAACCACAACAACGACAAUCACAACAGCGAUUCGUGUCGAACCAAAGAGAAAAAUCGACAUCCACAAGGAGAACUCAGAGAAAAGAUUCAAAACAUAUAGCUCAAAAACUCUUCAAACAGAUGGUGCAACGAGUGCUGAGAAGGAAUCGAUGAGUGAGGAAAAUGGAGAAGAUGAUGAGGGACAUUCAUUCAAACUUGUGAGCAAGGGUCGUUCAACUCUUGCCACCGCUUCCCUGCCAUCAAACGAAGAACAACAACGAGUCGCACAAGUAUUCGCUGAUGAAUUCUCACAGAAAAGCGUUCCUUCAAAAAGCUAUCAUACGAGAUCAAUGUCUCCAUAUUUUGUGAAAUCUUCAAUGAUGGGACUAAAUGAAGAUAAAAAGUUGAUGAAGUUGAAAAGAAGAGAUCCGGAAAUGGAACAAGAUGAUGAAAUGGUAAAAGAGAAACGGAAAAAGGGAAAGAAAAGGAGACGAUCGUGGAGAAGAGAGAUACAUAGGAGAGAGGAAAUGACGACUCAAACCACCACAGAAGAGCCGACAACGACAACUGAAUCAACCACGGCCACCACCGAAAUCCCGACCACCGAGAAAGUGACAAGAAAGUUGAGAAGACUCGAGAUUCGAAGGAAACAGUCAAAGAGUGAAGAAGAUGAGAAAUAUUCAUACACAAAAACGCAUAACCCAACCUUGAAACGAAUUCAAAAAGAGUUCAUCGUCGAGGAAGAGAUUCAUUCAACGACAACAAAAGAACCGCUUGAUACACGGGAAGCUGAAAUGGAAAUUGAGCGUACGGCUAAUGCUAUUGAAAAGGAGCUGAUUCGAGCAAAAGCUGAAGUGCAAGCACAACAAGCAUUGAAAUUGGAAGCUGAAAAGCGAUUGAUGAGAACGACAGAGAAAACAAAGAAAAAGAAAAGAAGACAUCGGAGGAAACAUCGCAAAAGUUAUCACAGAAGAAGUGAGCUCAUCAACGGUUCACCGAGAGUCGACGGAGUGAAAAUGGCGCCCCAAGAUGAUCCGAAAGUGGGUGAUGAUGAAAAGUCACCAUUUGUCACCAAAAUGGAACAAGAUUACCCAUCAGCGAUGGAUUUGAUUAAGAAAACGGAAACUCUGAACAUUGCCGAAUCUGCUGAAAAAAUCCCAAAACGAGAAGAAAUGUUGAGUGUCCUCGAGCAGAGAUUAUCAAAUGCUAAUGGUAUAAAGAAAAAGAAAUCAACUCCACGUAAAGAAUUCACAAUGGAAAGAAAAGAUCGAUCAUCGGAAAAAGGAUCGGAGGAGGAAAGAAUGCUAAUUGGUGAUGAUCUCUCAAGAGAAAUUGAAAGAAUUCUACAUCAAGUGCAAAAAGAAAGAAAAGAAGAGAAAGAUGAAGAAGAAAAGGAAGAAGAACAACAAGUACAAGUGGCAUCGGUGAGGGAAAGUGAUGAGUUUGUGCCUAAAGAACGGAAAAAGAAACGGAGACAACAGAGAAUCGCACAAAAGAAGCGCUUGUUCAGUCAUGAACUUAUUGUUCAACCAACAUCGACAACGACAACAACUACAACUACAACAACAACCACAACAACAACCACAGCAUCAUUACAAACGACAACCGUGGAAAACGGAUUGAUUUCAGCUGAAUUGUUGACGAUUCAACAAAUUUCCGGCAUUGAACCCCUUCAAAUCACAAGGAGACAUUGCCGAAAUAUUCGCUCAUUCGCAUGGCAACAUGGUAUGGCUGAUGUGACCGACUUUGCUCUUCUCCAUUGUUCGUAUAUCGAGAAUUACUAUCCGAAUUUGCCGUGUGCUCGAGCCGAAGAGUACAUGGUUUACUGUAGACAAUUCUAUAAGCAAUUC